CUGGGAGGCUUUCCAGCAUGCGGCAUCACAACGAGGUCCUGCUCAGCGCCGUUAUCGAGCCGCCGCGUAGCUCGCAGCCGUCCGUUUCGUGGACUGCUGAGCAGCGCACACGCAUUUCUGGUUCACGCCGUCGACCUGCGUGAAGCGUUAGCCGCCGGAAGGCAACGCACGUCGAAAAAAAAGCCGUUCCUGUGGCACUGCACUCAAUCCCAGCGCAGCCAGGCGGCGCGUAAGAGCGCCCGAGGAACCAUUUCCAAGCGGACACAGGAAGAAAUGGCGAGCUACGCCGAGGACACGCCCGUCCAGGCCGACCGCGCGAAACGGACGCUCGCGUUCGCCUCCGCCACCUCGAGCGAGGCGCCGACGCCGGCCGGCCCGCCCCUGUCUCCGUACCGGGACCCGAGCGCGAACUGCGACCCGAGCGAGGCGCCGACGCCGGUGCGCGAGCGGCGCCGCGAGAGCCCGCCGCCCGACGAGCCCGAGAACGCCGAGGAGGAAUCCCUCAGACUGGCCCUCGAGCUCCAGGAGCGCGAGGAGCGGUACGCGCGGGAGCAGGAGGAGGGAGCAGCUAGACAUGCGGAGCUUUCCCAGAGGCGGCGCGAGGAGGCUUCGUCCGACGGUGAGGACGACGAGGGUGACAGAUCUGCGUGGAAACCAUGCCUUCGUCGGCUCGAUGGCGUAUCAACCGAACUCACCGGUCGAUGUCAACACAGGCGACGAAGGCGACGAAGAGGAGGAGGAGGACGACUACGACGAGAGCUUAGCGCUGGCCUGGCGCCUCCAGCAGGAGGACGACGAUAGGGCCCUGCUCAUGGCGAUGAACGGCGGGAUCGAACCUCCGGAAGGAGCUACUGAAAGAUCGCUGUCGCCGUCGCAGAUGACCUAUGAUCAACUUUUACAGCUAGGGGAGAACGUCGGGAAAGUAUCCAAAGGCACGGACCAGAAGCAGCUCGACGACCUGCCGACCUGCACGUACGGUGAAGCCAAGAGCAAGGGUGAAACGUUUGCUAUUCUCGGCGAGCAGUGCGCGGUCUGCCGCUGCGAGUAUGAUGAUGAUGAUAUUGUCCGGAUCUUACCGUGCCGCCACGCGGAGCACGCGGAGUGCCUGGACCAGUGGCUCUUACGCAAUAGGUCUUGUCCUUUGUGUCAGCGCGACGUCGGCACCAGAGCUGGCGCGUCUCCCGCGAAAGCGCCGGCGCCGUCUCAGCAGGAGACGCACUUCACGGCUGCGGACACGGACGACAUCGACGACCUCCUCGGCAUCUAGGCCCUUUAUCUCUCUCACACAUAACUCACGUUCACAAGACCAGUAUUACAAACGUCGCGGCGAUGGCGUCAUCGCCGCGAGAG